AUGGGGCGUUGCCAGCUGGAGCGGGACUCCCUGAGCUUUGGCUCCGUUGCAGCUGUAGUUGAGCUGAGUCAGGGCGGUGAGGGCUCCGCACCCAAUUUGCUGCAUGCGCCUGUGGAUCGGAUCCGCCGCCACCUGGCAGCAGUUGAGCGCCGAUUGGAGGGCAUUGCAGCUACGGAACUCCAGCAACGCUCCAUGCGUGAGGUGUCAGUCAAUUGCAAUGUGUCGAUGGGUGGAUCAUGGGAGACAAAGCGUGUGGUUCUCACCGUGGAGGGUUUCACCUUGGUGGAUCGCAAUGCGCAGGAGGGAACAGAGCUCACACCAUGGAGUGAAGUUUCCAGCCCUGGUCCGGAGCCAUCCGAGCCUUCAAUGGUGGAAACUCCCACUGGGCCUCUGCGUCGGAUUACACAAUGGUGGCGGGGUUCCAGCGAGGCUGGAGAUGGUGCCAGGAGCAAUUUGUAUCAGGCGGAAAUGCAGCUUCCAAACCGACGAAUAACGUUACAGUUUGGUGCAGCUGGGCCCCCUGAAUUGAUGCAACGUCUCUGGCAAGCAUCCCAAGGUCCUGGUGGCAAAGUGCAGCCUUUGUUGGAUUUGCUCGGAAAGUGUCUUCAAGGUGAAAGGCAUGGUUUGGAGAUUAUGACCAUCUACCAGGAGCCGUUGCCACUGCCUGGUCUCAACAUUUGUCAGGUGAGGCAGCAACUGAGCCGCAAUGGGUCAUCCAAUCCAAUCCAGAGGAUGCAUGAAGCCACCAAAGCUGAACGCGUAGUGUCGUGGGAUUGGAACCAGGACGUCUUACCCCCUGGGCAAAUAAAAUUCUUCGAAUUCAAGCAGAUCUUGCCGGGUGGACUUGGGCCCUCUGAAACGCGAGUGUCUGCAGUGUAUCACUUGGAGCCUGAUGAUCCGGACCAGGUGAUCUUACACAAGGCCACGAAACCCUGGGAUGUUCCUUUCAAGGAUGACUUCCUAGUCUAUCACAAACAUAUCUUUGCGAAGGCUCCAGAUGGAUCAGUCUCCCUCCAAAUCGAGCUUGGUCUUUCGUGGAUCGGCAGUCCGCUGAAGCUGGGGCCUUUCAAAGCCACCAUCCGGAACAACACGUUAGCCGAGACACUUGGAAGUGGCCAGGCACUGUCGAGUUGCCUGCAGGCAGCCUAGGGAGGUGCUGAUGGUGGUUUGCAGCAAGUAGAGCUGAGAUUAAAUGAGUUGAGAGGAAGAUGAGUCAGUUUUCUCAGCAGCAUCCGUGCAAAAGCGGGGAAGUAUACGUACAGAAACUGACAAGUCGAAGUGAAGUGCAAAGGUCACUGGCUUGACUCUGAUUUGAGGCAAGUUGCCAUCUCAACUGGUUGUCGCACUUUGCACGUUUUGAAAGUGGCAGACAACGCUUCACCCUGUUGAAAGCUUUGGCCUUUUUGCGUGGCAAUAAAUAAUUAGCGGAGCCGGGCGUCCUGUGGCAAAAAUGAUCAAGAGAACACUAUCAUGCUGUAAGCCAUCACCAUCCAAGCUUCUUGGUUUGAGGAUGCUGGUUUGAGAGAGGGUUGGUCUUGCUGGUGGCGAUUGUGUCAUGAUUACAUAGCUUCAGCAACGGGGUUAGUUCUUGACUUGCAGGUUGUUGUUUCGGUCCACGCAGUAUUUUUUGAUGAGCUUUGCUUUUGAGUGUGGACCCACAAGAAGUGUGAAUCUCACACCCCUUGGCUGCCUCAUCAUUGCCCACCGCGAGGAAGACCUUCGACGAGGCAAUGGCAAUUUGCAAGGAAGCUCGAUCUCAGGCGUGCCCGAAUGAGGGCUUCACUGCACAACUGAAAGCGCUCCAUGAAGAGCUCAGGAGCAAUCCCAAGCUCUACGAGCCUAUGCCGCCCAAGCGGGGGAAAAUUUAUUGCGCAAAUGGACGGCCAAGCGCAGGACCCGCUGGCCCUGCUGUUGGCCCAGCCCGUGGCCCUGUGGGUCCGAAAGGCCCAGCAAAACCAAACGUUGGCCCGGCGAUGGGGCCAAGUCCUCGCCCUGCUGUGGGCCCUGCUGUGGGCCCUGCUGUUGGACCUGCUGUCGGACCUGCUGUCGGACCUGCUGGCCCACCAGACAAGCGAAAGGCAGAGAAAGUAGGCCCUGCCAAGCCUGGGGCUGGACCUCCAAAGCCCAAAAAGCCCAAAGCCUGAGCGCAGCAUAGUUGAGCGUGCAAGCAGUAUGGAGUGUAGUGCAGAUCCUGGCCGCAUUGGUGGUGAGAUGUGC